AAAGCUUUGUCCGGCAAAUCCGGCAAAUUAAAGAUUUGUGGCAUGCGGUACAGAACAGUGCAGCGAGAGCAGCGUAGAAAGAUAGUUUCGCCCAAUACUCACACUCAUAUAACUCAGUCGCACACAGCCAAGCGGGAGCAAAACUCACGCACACACAGACAGAUUGGGAGAAGUAUUUCACGUACUCGGAUUUCUACAAAUGGCGUCUGGUUUUGAGCGACGUUGAGCUGUACAACGACAAGGAUAGUUUUAGUUCGCAGAAGCAGGCGGCCGAAACAGCAGAGCAUACGCAUAAGUGGUGAGCAGCAAAAGCAGCAGCAAGCAGGCAGCACUACUUUGUAAAUACAUACUGUAUAUAUAGCGAGAUGAGUACACAAACCCGUUCCGGAGGUGGCGGUGGUGGCGGAGGCCGUAACAAGUCCAAGGCCAAACACCAUGAAAACAAGGAGAAUUUGGCUAAGGAGGACGGACAGAAUCAGUCACAGCAGUAUCCGAAAGGAGGUUCCGGCCCCAACAACGCCAGCGGAAAUGAUGGUUCGGCUGUAACUACCGGCUCUGUUGGUGGUGGUAGAGGAGGCGACCAUCAAAAACAGAAGGGCAGCGGAGGCCACAAGGGCACAGAUAAUGCUGCUCCGAAGGUUGUUGACGUGAAGGAGAAGCAGCAGAGGGAGGCCGGUGGUGGUAGCGGCGGUGGUGCUGCAGGCGGCAACAACGAGAAGUCCGGCGGAUCUACGGGAGCUGCUUCUGGGGCUGGUGCUGGCGGUGCCUCUGCCACUCACACCGUGGUCAAGGCCAAGCAACCGACGGCCGAACAGAUUCGCAUCGCCCAAAUAACAGACAUCAAGAGCGGCAUGGAUGAUCCCAAGAUUCAGGAGAAAAUCCAAAGCUUGAUGGAAACCACGCAACGCUCCGAGGAAGAGGUGUGCUGCGCAUUGCAGGAGUGCGACAGCGAUCUCGAUCGAGCGGUGAUCUUUCUACUCGAGACGCUCCCGGUCGGGGCUUUUGCGACGACGUCCAAGAAGAAGAAAAGCAAAUCUCAAGCGGCGGCUCAGAAGGACGGGGAAGACGGCGGUGAUUGGGAGACAACGGGCCCGACCACCGUUGGCGGAGCCAGUGUUCAGCUGGGCGGCAUUAAUGUGGAUCUGAAGGAGCAGCAGCGCCGUGGUGGCAACCGUGGCGGUUCGGGCAACCAACGUUCUGGAGGACCGGGCCGUGGUGGCCGUGCCGGUGGCUAUCGCGACGGUGGCGGCGAUCGCGACCGAGAUCGCGACCGUAACGGCUACGAUAAGGGUGGAGAGGGCGGUGGCUAUCGUAACCGAGCGGGAGGCGAUGGCGGUCGCAUGCGAGGCGGUCGCGAUGGUCCGGGAGGUCCAGGCCGUGGAAACUAUGGUUCGCGAGGAGGUCGUGGUGGUGGCCCGCGUCUAGGCACUCGUGGGCCAGGUUCGCGCGAUCAGAACCGAGGUUCGCGAAUGAUGAACAACGAUCAUCAAGAGAUCGAUUCGUGGGAUCCAGUCACGACGCCGGCAAACGCGAACGACCUCAAGCCCGAAGAUUGUACGGCCUUCACCGAUACUUGGGGCGAUUGGGACAACGAGGAGUACACGGGAACGUUGGCGGAUACCAAAGGAUAUGCAGGCGCUGUCGCUUCGACGACGGCCCCAUCUGCUGGCGCCGGUGCUCAGCAGCAGCAAUCGCAACAGUCAACGCAGACAGGCGUGCCACCGGCGGCAUCCAACGUCACGGAACUCGCAGCGCCCCCGGGGUUGGAGCAGCAGGUACUGAAUCCACCACCGCCAAAAGAUACCGAGUUGGUGCAGCAGUACAGUACAACUGUCGUUUCGAGUACGGCUACUGCUGCGGUUGCGGCCGGCGGUGCAACUGGUGUCGCGAGCGUCGUACCACAGUAUUCGGACCUGCAUGCCGGCACUCCGAAUGCUACGACUGCUGCACAGCAUUUGCGGCAGGCGCUUGAUAUGCCGCCUAUGAAUACGUCCUCGUCCCUUUCGGCAGAACAAAGUCAGUAUUUUAGUACUCUAUCGUCUCAGAAUUCCAAUCUCCAGCCAACGCCAAGUGCCGUCGGCUUCCAGCAGCAGCCACCUGCAGGCGUGGUGGCAUCCCAACCGCCCACAACAGUAGUUCCGGCAGUUCAGCAGCAGCAGCCGCCUCAACCGAAUUCCGUGCAAUAUCCAACUGCUUAUGUUGGGGCAACUAGUGAUGCUACUGCUGCUGCUGCUGCUGCUGGAGCUCCGACGAGCUAUGCGGCUGCGGCGACGCAACAGCCACCGGUACGGCGGCAACGAGCCCGCGUUCCGCCACCAUCGAAGAUCCCAUCCAGUGCCGUCGAAAUGCCGGGUGAUAAUAUGAACAACAUUGGCUACCUGGACGUGCAGUUUGGUGGACUGGACUUUGGUGCGGACGAUUCGUUUGAUGCUGUAGUAUCGGAUAAGUUCAAUUCGACUACAGGAACCGCUGGCAGUAGCGUAAUGGAUUCAACCCCAUCUACCGUGCAAACGUCGGUGGUAUCCCAAGCGACACAGGCGGUCGGUCAGCCACAGGCGUCUCAAACGCAGACGGUGCAACAGCAGCAACAGGGUGCGCAGGUUCCGCCAGCUACGGUUGGAGUUCAACCGCCGGCAGCUCAGAGUCAGUUGCAGCAACAGCAGCAACAGGUCGUUUCGCAAGCACCGCAGCAAACCGUGCAACAGGAUGUGAACGAUUAUCAAUCGAAGGUUGGUGGUGGCGUUGUGGCGGGUAGCGUUGUUCCUAACAAUUUGCAGCCAAAACCGUCCAAUCUGCCUGGCGCACCUGGUUUAGCAUCAUCCCAGAUUAUGCCGGGCCAAGGGACGACGGAGGCACUUUCCUCUCAAAACGAUGCGCUUGCCAACAGCUACUCGCGCACCAAUGCAUCGGGUUCGGUAUCCACGUCCGUUAGUGCUGGUGUGAAUUCCAUGAGCAAUGCAGCGGCUGCGUUGGAUCAGCUGACGAAAUCGGAUCCUUACGGUCAGUCGGCAAGUACUAAUACUGCUCUGACCGGUGGCUAUCAGAAUGCUCCGUACUCAUCAACGCAAGCGAACAAAACUGCGUCGUAUCCUCCUACUGGUGCUCCCCAAGGGUACAACAACAUGAGUUAUUCUAACAACCAGGUGACGAACGCCUACCCUCCAUCGACGAAUAACUAUAGCUCGUACAACCAAGGAAAUGUGAAUGCCUACCAGCCGCCAAGCAGUAGCGUGACAAACAACGUUGUACCGAACAACAACACGGGCAACUCGGUUGGAGGCGUAUCAAAUCAAUCGAAUCUGCCGGUGAACAAUAAUGCCGUAAAUAGCAGCUCGAACAAUAACGCUGGUGGCUAUCUGUCCAGCCAAUAUCCGGUCAGCCAGACGUCGUCUGCAUUCCCGUCACAGCAGAACUAUCAGAACAGUUCACAGAACGUGUACGGAAAUACGGGACUGAAUAGUAAUACAGGGUAUUCUGGAAGCACAAACACUACAUCCGGCCAGUAUGGUAGUAAUUUUAGUUCGUCAAAACUGAAGGACACGCCGGUGGUUUCAACGCCAUUUGAAAGUGUGGCUUCUAGUACGGUUUCGAACAGUAGCACGAACAAUUCCAACAAUAAUGUAACCAGUUCGUCAUCGCUGCCAAUAAGUUCCGUGGUAUCCACGACAACGAAAAGCAGCAGCACCACUAGCGGAACGAGUGUAGUCACUAAUCUGCCGAUGGUUAAUCCGUACAUACAGGCACCAGGAUUGCCAUUCUAUCAGCAAGCUGCAGUGUAUUCGUACGAAGAUCUGCAGCUAAUGCAACAGCGUAUGCCGCAUGUGCCUGGUUUUUACGACAUCAACUACCAGACGCCUACGAGUCUCGGCGCGGCCGGUGUACGCGAUGCGAACCUUGGUUCUGUCGCGUACUCGACCAUGUCCGAUGGUCGGUUCACGCGAACCGACAACAACUCGUCACCUGUUAGUAAUGUUCCCAGUUCCUUGUCCCAACAAACAGGGUCUGGUGGUCCUAUGUUGAACCUGCCAUACGCUUAUUUUUACGGCGGCAAUAUGAUGCCGGCCAGCGGCUUCCAAUAUGGCACACCUGUCUAUCCUCAACAGAUGCCCACAAAUGCGGCUACAUCCGGCGGUCAGUUCCAGAAGCCCGCUUAUAACACAGGAGGAUAUGGUUCAGCGACCGGGUAUGAUACGCUUGGGCAAUCAGGACAGGACUACAACAAGAAUGCUUAUCAAGCGUCCAUCGUGGGACAGCAGCAAUCCAAGGGUCAAACCGUUGCCAAUCAGCAAUCUGGCUCUGGCAGCGGAUCCGACAUGGCACCAUCUAUGUAUGGUAAAAACCAUGUUGCUAUCAACAAAGUCAAUUAUGACAAACAAUCGUUCCAUUCUGGAACGCCGCCGCCGUACAACAUUGCCGGAACACAGACGGCUGGAACUACUUCCGCACAACCCUACGGGCAGCAUCUGGCAUAUAUACCAACGAUGGCUACGCAUCACAAUAUCAAUAUGCAUCAAAACAUGCACCAGGAUUCCAACAGUAGCGGUCAAAGACCGCAAAAUAAUAACCAGGGAAAGACUGCAAGCAAGCAGCAAGGCUAUUCUGCGUCUACUUAUUGGACUGGGCCGAACUAAAGUCUUAAGGAAGGGGGACAUAGCAAGAGAGCUAGCAGUGAGAGAGAGAGAGAGCGCGCGCUAUAAUGUAAAAAACAACAUGUGGUAGUGUGUUUUCGAUAGAUUCUUUCCAAUAAUUAACAAAACUGUAACAACAUAAACAAAUCACACAUACAUAUACACAAAUACAUACCCUCCCACAUACAUCCAAAACAAAAGAAAACACACACACACACACAAACGUAACGAUGGAAAGGACAACAAAGAGGAUAAGGCAAACGCAGAAGAUCGAUGCGAUUAAAAACAACAGUAUGUAAGAGCAGGGAUGUAGAGAAGCGAAGGAAGUGAGAUGGUGGGGGGGGGGGGGCAUAGAGGACAUAUGUUUAGUGUCAGCGCUGAUCAACUGGUGGUGUCCCUUGAUCUCUAUAAGGAAGGAAUGUUUCCAUUUUACGUUUUAUAACUCGCGCAUACCAUACCAUACGCAUAUAUGCAUGAUACAUAAACUCGAGAUAGUAUCGUACAUAAAAAAUAAACACAUUUUUCAUACAUAAAGACAAGCGAAGAAGCAAACAAAUACAAAAUUAAAUUAAUUAAUUCAAACGCAAAGGAGCAAUAUAAAUAUGUUUAGUUUGUUUAUUGAGAGUUGAUCAGGCAUCGAGCGAGAAUGGCAAAGGGUCGUAAUGAGAGUGUUUUCAGUACAAUCGAUGCUUUCCUUCCCAUCCCUGUGUAACCCCACCAUAGCACAGGGAUCCGAUCAUGAGGCUAACGAUCGAACCGAUCAUGUAAUGUGUCGUAUUGGUUUUUGGUAUCGUUUUGGACGGAUAUUCUUGGAUCAGUCCUGUUGCGAUGAACAAACGUAGAAUGAACCUUCGGCAGAGCAGUGGUGUACACAAUGCUCUGCUGCCUUCUUUGUGCUGAGAUCUGACAAAUGGUUCAUAAAACGAACAUGUUUUAAGAUGGAAUAUAGAAGAUGAUGAAUAAUACGUCUGAAUGCCAUCAGGAGAAGAGGGUUGCUUUCUUUUUGCUCUUUAUCUAUGGUAUGUGCGUGCGCCGUGUACGUGUUGGGCACAGUGGUGUGUACCUUUGAUUCCCCUUUGAUAGAAUAACUUGCAUAACUUUUCCGGAAAGAAGUGAAAUUCAUGAUAAAAAAAACAUUCUCACAUUACAACCUAUUACACUUUAAUGCAUGGAGUGAAUUGGGAAAAUGCGAUGCAUGCCUAAUACUCAUGCAUACAUGACAAUGGCGAAUGCACAUUCAAGAAAAAAAAAAUAUUGAUUUGGAACAAGCGAUUUUAGCGCUUGCAACAUUCUACAUGAUCUCUGGAAUUACUGUACUGGAGCGAAUCGAAUCGAAUGCUACACACUAUCCAUCUUUUUACUAUGUUGGAGUGAAGAAUGUCGUAUAAUCUGAAUGACUAAUGAUAGAAUAAUGACGAAUCAAACAUGAAAUUGGCGCUACAAUACAGACUGAAUCCAUGAAAUCUA